AAUUUCAUGGUGGGUCUUACGUCCAACAGCAGCAACAGCCGCCUAAUCAGAUCACCAAUCAAGGACCGCCGCUGAGAGGCAUGGCGCCUACCGGUCCGCCGACGCAGGCCUCGACGCCGCCGAACGCCGAUCUCAAGGUCCAGCAGCACGUGCCGCAGCAGCAGACGAUGAAUCUGUAUCCGCAGCGCGGUCAGAACUACUUCCAGCGUCCGCCACAGUCCAAUCAGCCGCAACGGCUUAUUAAUCAGAGACCUAAUCAGCCGGCUUUAUAUGCGAGUCAUCCGUCGAUACAGGUGCCUCAGUAUCAGGUGCUGAAUAUGCCGAUGCCAUCUUACCCCGCCCCGUACGGAGGACAUGGACCUACGACGUUUGUCCAACCAUACUUGCAGAACUAUCGUGCGCCGGCGAUGUUCACACAGCAGUACGCUCCGCCGCCGUAUUAUUAUAAUCAGACGAUGCAGCGUCAGCCGCAGGCGUCGGUGCAGCCAGUCGCGCAGGGCAUGCCGCACACCCCACAACCGCCACAGGCGAUGGCGACUACCGCGAUGACUGCGCCUAUGCAAAAGAAGCAACCGAAAAGCGCAGCAAUGCUAUCCCAAUUGUUGAUCCCGCGACUAUGAUGCCCAUCGACAACGAGGAACUGCAAAAUCCGACGUCGGGAGAGUCUUCAGCGCGUCAGACGCCCCAGCCUGCUCCGCACAACUCCGUCAAGGAGGUGCAGGCCACGUUUGCCAAGCAGGUGGCGCAGGCGAUCAAUAAAGACUCGGCGGCGGCUGAAGAGGAAGUCGUGCAUGACCCGCACCACGGGGGACCCGCCGUUCUCACUCAGCGGGCACAGAUUCCGCCACCGCAACAGCAACCCGCCCCAUUCCACCAGAUUCCACAAAAUGUACAUAAUAGAAACGAUAUAGCUAAAUCUAGUAAAUUACAGGUGCCAACAAAUGAUUUUGUUCCGGCCAAUAACCUAUCAAAUACUGCCAAAGAGACUCCCGUCGUGUCGGCAAUCUCGAACUCGGCCGAGGUAACGAUACCGGGUAAGCCGAAGGAUCGCGAGAGUCCGGCGAAGGGGCGUAAGCAGCGCGACACUCCCGCGCCCAGUCAGAAGGAGAGUGCACCGCACAAGGAUACACCCAAAGAGCCAUCCCAGCCCUCCAUUAAGGAGGUUUCCGCGCCUCCUUCGGAUGUUAAACCGAAGGAGGACAAGCCCAAGGAGCAGUCGCCGGUGGCGCUGGCGCUGGCGCCUGCCGAGCCACCCUCCUCCGCGAAGGCUGUCUCUGCCAAGGAGCAGCCGCCAGUGCAGCAGCAGCAGCAGCAUCAGCCAGCUGUGCGCGAUGACAAAAGCAUCAGCAGCCGCAGCAGACUAAAAAGAAUGCAGCGUCGCGCCUGUCGAGAUUGCCGGCGCACAGCAGCCGGCUGGAAAUCUAAGCAAGCACAACGUGGCAAAGACCAACCCAAGCAAGCUGGCGGCCAACAGGCCGUGGGCCAGAAUAACAAACCACCAGCGCCGAUGCCGGUUGCCAACCAACAACCUCAACAGGCUAAGUCUAACAAGGCCAACAAGAUGAAGGAACUCAACAUGAAGGGUGCUAGUAAGGAAGGCACUGACAUGGAUGCGUUCAGCAUUAAUGCCGAAACCACGCAUAAUGCAAACGAUGCACCGGCGCAACCGGCUCAGACAGAGCCGCAGCAGCAGCAGCAACAACCACCACAACCUGAAGUGGUGACGCCCGUUAUCAACGAGACGCCAGUGGUGCCGGCGAAGAAGAUUGAAACCAGCGAGGCGCUGCCGAUUGUGAAGCCAGAGUCGAAGCCGUCGUUUGAUGUAACUGCCAUUGUACGCGAGCUACCCAAGCCGUUCACGCCGCCGCCGGUGGUGGAAAAUUGUGACGAAACCGAUAAGGCGGCAUUAUCCAACGACAAGCUCGUGCAGGCAAAGAACGAGGUUAACGCCAAGACUGCCAUUAGUAACGAUCAAUCGGAAAUUAAACCGCUGCAAUAUGAGGAUGAUCAAUGGUCGCCGAAUAAUCCAGAGGGAAAGAAGUCGUACGGCCGCGAUUUCUUGUUGGCUCUACGCACUUACCCGAAGAGUAAAACGAAACCUGAUAAUAUUCUCAACGAAGUUGCGGCUGGUGAUGAUAGAUCUAGAAUGGGAGGUGACAUGGGCAGGGGUUCGGCCAUGGGACGUACCGAUUUUGCUCCUAGCUUUGGCAAUGCUAAUUUCUUAGGCAAAUCGCAAUCCACUAGAAUUCCUCCAAAACGCAAUAGUCAACAAGGCAAACCUAGCGGCAACUCCAAGGGUGGCAAGUCCGGCAGCAUGAUUCGCGUCUCCAUUUCGUUCAAAGAGGACGUCAAAUUACACGAAUCUGAGAACGCCUGGAAACCCGCCCGCCAGAACCCGAACGUUGUCAAGACUGAUGACGACCGUAAGACUGACGAUUUAUAUAAGAAGGUACGUGGUGUCCUAAACAAAUUGACGCCGCAAAAGUUCAGCACGCUGCUGAAUCAAAUCAAAACGCUGCCGAUCGACACGACUGAGAGGCUGCAAGGCGUUAUAGAUUUAGUGUUUGAGAAGGCCGUUAACGAGCCCAACUUCUCGGUUGCGUAUGCGCUCAUGUGCAGAGAGCUGGCUCUCAUGCAAGUGCCGGUAUCCGCCGAGAGCAAGGAGUUCGUUAACUUCCGUAAACUGCUCGUCACGCGCUGUCAAAUGGAGUUCGAAAAGAACUCUAGCGAAGAGAGCAAUCGCAACGUGCGCCUGGUUGAAAUUUCGGCGUGCCCUGAUCCUGAGAAGAAGAAGGAGAUGAUGAUGGCUCUUGAGGAGAACGACCGCAGGAUACGAAUGAAGUCGGUCGGAAACAUCCGGUUUAUAGGUGAACUAUUCAAGCAACAAAUGCUCACACAGAACAUUAUGGUUAGAUGUCUGUACAACUUGAUUGAAAACGAGGAUGAAGAACGACUUGAGUGCUUGUGUAAACUGCUGUCGACCAUCGGCAAAGACCUAGAGGCGAAAAGCGUUGACCUAUCGAAAAUCUUUGACCAGAUGCGUGGCAUGGUAGACCGCAAGAACGGCAAAGUAAGCAGUCGAGUACGCUUCAUGCUGCAGGAUGUGAUUGAUCUUCGAUCCGGAGGCUGGGUGCCACGUCGUACCGACCUUAACCCGAAGACAAUUGAACAGAUUCAGAAAGAGGCAGAUAACGAGCACAUGAAUAUUGCUGCGAUGAACUCAGGUCCUAUGACUCCGCGAAAAGAAGAUCGCAAUUCCAGCAACUCUGGCAAACGUCGUGGUGGCCAGAGCGAGGAUGGCUGGCUGUCGGCGCCUUCAUCGCGUGGCUAAAACACCACAUUCACGGUGCAGUCAGAUAAGUUGAAGAUCCAGCAGCCGAAUGUGGACGAGCCGCUUGGCUCACGUAACUCAUUCAGCAACUGGAGUCGCGGCUCCAAUAUCAAGACUGCUGCGCCGCAGUCAAAUAGCAACAAGUUUGCACUUCUGGAUGCCGCCAAUGAUAAUAUGGAUAACCGAGGCGGUUACCGCAGCAGUCAUAAGGAUGCGUAUAGUUCUAAGGGCAACAGCAUGGAGCGUGGUUAUAGUAAAUUUGAGGGACGCAACUCGCGGUCUGGAUCACAGCAUCGUGCGCCUGAGCGUGAGAGGGUGAGCAGCGCGAACGUGAAAGCUCACAGCGAACACGCCGACACCUACACAGCAACCGCCACAAAAGUGCCAGCACCACAGGUGUACGAAGACCUCACGCCCGAGAAGCUUGAGCGGCGGAUCAAGAACAUUGUAGAUGAGUACAUCAGCGAUUGUGCCAACCUCGAAGACACCGACACCGAAGUUCGGCUAUCCAUUAACCCCACUCUUCACGCACAAUUUGUAAGCAUAAUCAUUACUGGUAUUUUGGAGCGAUCGCAGACAGCCCGAGAAAAGGUGGGAGUGUUGUGCAGUCAUCUCCUGAAGUGUCAAACCAUAUCUCUAGAAAGCUAUUGCGCCGGUUUGAAGGAAAUCUUUUCAAGCGCCGAAGACCUUAUUGUAGAUAUUCCACAAAUCUGGAUGUACUAUGCCCAAGUAACAAUAAAUCCUAUUAUAACACAAGUGCUACCUCUAACAAGCCUCCACAAGUGCGCUGAAUGCCUGCAGGGUCACGCGCAUCGACUACUCGCGGCGAUCUUUACGUUAGCUAUUAAGGAGCAAGGACCUGCUCAGCUGGCAAGCAUAUGGAAUUCGUCCGGAUUAACGUUAAACGAUUGGAUGGAUCCAUCGAUGGUCAAUGAAUUUAUUACUAAGAAUGCGAACGUUGGUGAGAAGGAAAAAGAAAACGAAUUCAUCCGUGCGCUGGCCACUGCGUACAUCAAGAACUCGAUAGUCAACGAUAAGUUACAUGAACCCACUUUCCGUGGUUACUACAGCGUCUUGCAUAGGUAUAUCGACAGUAAUUCACAGUUCGAGUUGCAAUGCUUGUAUGCGAUUCAAGCGAUAGUUAACCAAUUAAAUCAUCCUUCAGGGCUGUUACUCAAAAUCUUCAAUACGUUAUACGAAGAUAGUGUUAUUUCGCAUGAUAGUUUCCUUUCAUGGGAGAAAAGUGAUGAUCCUCUUGCACAAGAAAACAAAGGUGUUGCUGUAAAACAGUUAACCAGCUUCUUCACGCAACUGAAAGAGACUGAGUCGGAGAACGAGUCCGGCUCGUCAUCGGAGGACUAGCAUCAGAUCGUCUUCGGCCCGCUUGAAUGGGCGGCCGAAUGUUAACGAACACUGCGCUCGGCGCACUCCUAGUUACUGAAUUGAUCGUCGACACUCUACAAAACUAUAAAAACGCAGCGAGCAAGCCACCAAAAGCACCACCAGGCCGCCACCCAACGGGGCGCCCAAAAGCACAUUGAGCAGCAGCAGUAAUGCGUGCUCGACGGCGACAACGCGAAAAACGAACACAAUCGUGAAACGCGCAUGACGUUCUAUAGUGAUGACUUUGCUCUACCCCCAUACCCCACAUUCUCUCUCCCUCACGAAGCAACACCACAAAAAACUUAAAAACUUCUUUAAAGACAGUGACUUUGUGCUAGUUAAAAUUUAUACAAUUGUUUAUAUAUACAAAUAUUUAACAAAAACCAAAAACAAAAAUGGUAAAAAUUAUUUAAUUAUAUAUAUUAUAUUAUAUACUUUAUAUAAAUGAAGAAUUGUGAGGCGCGAGCAUAGCCGCCCCAAGCGUGGAAAUGGAACCACAGGGAUUCGUAGGCGGCAGCUACCGCGUCGACUUACACCGGACUGCGACACUUCCUAGAUAUUAUGAAAUUCAAACGGCAUUCUAAACUAUAAGGUGCGCGUCAAGUUUAAAACUGUAAAAUGCCCGGGAACUACUGUUAAUCUAAACGCGAUCGAACACCUAAAUAUUAGUGCCCUGUGACUGACCUCUUCAUAUAGCAACUUGGAACAUGGACCGCAAAAAUUAUAAAUAAUUAUAUAACAAAUAUAUAUAUAUAUAUGAAAUAUAUAUUUAAACUAAAGGGAUAACACAAGCGAAAGACCUACAUAACGAAAUUGAUUCAACUGUUUUACGACUAUGUAGCUAGGCCUAAUGAAUGAUGGAGCUGUGUGCCUGCGCGGGCCUCUGUAAUUUUGCAGUUGUACUAAAAAAAAAUCGAUAAAAAAGUGUUUUUUAUGAGAUGUGCACUGCCUGCCGGCGCUACUAUGUUUUAAUAUAUGUUUAUAUUAAUUAAUAUGAUGGUAAUGUUUCUUUUUAAAUUCAAGAUUUAAUUGCGAAGCGCUGACAUUUGAAAAUCCAUUAUUUAUUGGGCCGUAUUAGGUUGUGCGAGAUGCGGGAACUUAUUGAUUAAGUCGUUUUUGUUGAAACUUUGAAUACGAAUGUUUUGUAGAUGUGUCGCGGGCGCGCGUCAGGCGCCCAGCGUGUCUCUACCGAUGAAUCAUUGUAACUCUUCUAUUAUUUUGUUAUUUUUAUUUGUUAUAGAAGCGUUUAUUAUGAUUUAGCCUCUACCACCUACAACUACCUGUAUUUGUUAAGUUAUUGUAAGUUAUAUAUUGUGGAUGAUUUUUGCGAGACUGCGUCGGCCGCAAGCAAGCAAGAGAAUGAAAAAAACGAUUGUUGAAAACAGUGUGGGGACGAAUCAAUGCGACACUACCACCUAUCACACGAUCACAGAAAGAACCCUCGUCUCAACAGGUCCUCGCGAUUGUUGCCUAUUUCAGCGUAAGCAAUCUUUCGCGAACGCCCUCACACACUCGAUUACUUUCUACAUUAUCUAAGUAAUGUUUAUAUUUUUAUAUACAACUUUUUAUGUUCAUGUAUGUAAGUGAUUUUUCUAAUGUUUAGUCCGACGAAACCAUACAUUUGUCCCGUGCGCGGAGCGACUGUGCUAGUCAGUUUUGUUUGUAACCUACUCAUAGAAUUUCAAAUGCGUCGCAAUUGCCUUUAAUUGGUGCGGACGCAGGUCGAGGCACGCGGAAAAUGCAGCGCCCUGUCGAUAGCGAGAUGCCGAAACGAAUUCUACACGUUUGGUAGGACGCAGAAUAUUGUAUAUAUGAUUUUCGUUUUGUUGUCUGUUCAAUUUUGUGUUAGCGAUACGCGCGCGUCGAAGACGGUCACAAGAUGCAACCGAAAACUUAUAUACAGUAUUUUUCUGACUGAUGAUGUGUAUAAUUGUACAUAGAAAAGCUACUAAAUAAUGAAUAUGAACUUCCAGGUUGUUGGCAUUGUAAAAGACGAGGUGACAACCUACCAUAAGUACCAUUGCUCAGAGAAAUAACUAAACAUUUGCGCAAGCAGACGAGUUUUACUCCGCGCUACAAAUGAUUAUUGUAAUUACAAGUUGCGAGCGACGAGGUACUCGCGCAGAAUGCGCGCCGAUUGAGAUAUGUUAUUCACUAUUACUUGUACAUAGUUAAACAAAAUGGGAAUUUGUUCUCGUCAACGUGCAGACGCUGAUCUGAUGUUUAUUUGCGUACGGAUGUUGUUGAUAAUUAGCCGAAUAUGUUGACAUGCAACUGGCCGCAAACUCACUGAACGAAAAUGAGAAACCGAACGCACGCACCAAACUGCGGCGCGUUUGAAGGAACAAUUUAAACACAGAAAUUAGCCCGAAACUAAUGUUUAAACAAAUCGAUGCUUGAAUGAAGACACGAUGAAUAUCAAACUGUUGUAAACAGAUAGGAUUUUGUAUGACGGAAUUAAAUCAUAAAUGAAUGGAUCUUGAGAGACUUUAACGAAAAUACGAAAUUUGUAACAAGGAAAGAUGAAGGUAGUCACAAAAUGAUUCUGAUGAUCAAUGAUGUGACAUCUUUUUUUCUUUAAUUAUUCUUUGAUUGGUUCGGAACGGUGAAGUGACGUUUGAAAUGUCGGGAGUUCGGAGACGGAUUCAGAUGAAAGCGAAAUCGCGUAAAUUAGUGAAGACGAACUGUGAACGAGAGUGGAAACGUUUUAAGUAAACUUAUCAAGAAAG